AUGCCCACCUCACUAGAGUCGUCCCGCCCCAUCAUGGCCCCAUCGACCCGAACGUCGGUCCGCUUCAGCACCUACAGCAUGGCGGCUCCGUCUCUGACUCCCACCGCCCACACUUCAGACUCUGUCCAGGCCGAGAUCCGCGACAUUGCCUUGGGCCUGGAUCGCAUGGAGAACAAGGCCCUCUCUUCCCAGCGCGUCAUGCUCAGCGACGAGAAGACGGACAGGCUAAGCCAGCUCGCCCUCGGUGCCAAGCUCGAGCGCGCCCUCGAGCGCCGCAUGAGCAGCCAGGAUGCCGUCAUGCGCCCACGGCCAAAGAGCGUCGCCGUCAGCCGCCCCCCCAAUGACAAGAAGCAGCUCUCGGAAAAGGCCGCCUAA